AUGUCGGUAUGUUUAGCGGUCACUAAGACCAUAGCCGUUUCCAGUUUAGGGAUAUAUUGUGGAGCCAUGUGCUCUGCCGCAGUUUUGGCGCGCUUCACGCCCAUGGAUGUGAUCAAAUCGCAGCUCAUGGGGCCUGCCAAGAUCGUGGCUCGGAUUGCCGCUUCUCUGGCCACGAUCUCGUCGGUGUUUUUUGGUUUGAGUUUUUUUGGUGCCCCGGCCCAUUUACGCCAUCCAUACCUGUUGUACGGGAUGCUGGUGACUCCGGUUUCGGGUCUGUACAUGGCGGCGACCAUGCGGUUCCGGAGGCCCCGCCAGUGUCGCAGCAAGUGCCCCCGAGGCCAAGCCUUGGAGCGCCGCGCUGACGAAGCCUCGUCCGUCGUGAAGGAAGACGCGACAGACGCGACGGCCUCCUCUUUGGACGAUUCCGUGGUCGAUUUGGGCGAGCACUCCGCUGCCACCCCAUCGCAAACCAACCCUGCCCCUGUCGAGGUUCCCCCCGCCGAAAUACCAGCCCAUCACCCUCCCGUCACGUGCCACUCAUCCCGCUGUCUCGCACCAGUUCCUGUCUUGUUUGGCAUAUCCGUUGUUGGGUUCGUGCAGUCCGUUCUCGGGCUCUAUGGCGAAGGCCUGUUCGUUUAG